ACGGUUACGUUCCCCCGAAUCCUACACCACUGGUAAACGCGGCUUUAAAACACAGGUAUAGUUUCAGGUAAUCAUCUGACCCCUGGCAUUCUUUUAUUGUUAUUUAGUUUACCGGUUUUUCACCCGAUCUUCAGCGGCUUUAGUUCGUUUUACGUCUUGCACUGCCAAGUUUGUGGCUGUCUUACUUGUUGGCUAUCAUUUAUUUUUGUUUAUUUACAUCCAUUUUGGUUGAUAAAAAAUUAAAUUAAGUGGGAGGACAAUGGACAGAUUUAGUCGGUUGGAUAGACAAGAGGCGGGCAGCAGCUCGAUGAGAUACGAAGAGCGACAAGGAACUUCCGCGACAAUUGAUGAAGAAGAUGAGGACGACGAGCAAGAUGAGGAGGAAGAUCACGAGGAUGAUGACGAAUGGUGGGCUAGUGACAGCGGGUCUUCAAGCGGUUCUUAUUAUUCUGACAGCGAGAGUUGCAGUGACAGUUCAUAUGCCGAGUGGGAGUUGGAUAUAGGGCCCUUGGGUGAAGUAUUUUAUAUUGAAUCAUUGUCCGAAGCUCCUGGGAGUAAUAAAAAACCCGAGAAGCCCGAGUCCCCGCCGCCGGAAUUAAAAAGGAAACGGAGUACUCGGGCGGGUAAGCUGAUGCGAUUGAUCAGGAGGCGCGAAAGCAAGAGGUACAGUAAGCGCAAUAAAAAUUAUAAAGGUACUGAUGCCAAACAGGAGGGCAAUGCUCCUAAGGAAGGGAGUAAAGAAGUUAAAUUUCAAGACUACCAGGCAGGUGAAAUUAAGGAAGUGAUGCUAUGGGUGGAUCCAGAGCGACGCCACAAGUUGGGUCGACGUGCGACCAUGUGCGAAGCCUACUUAGGAAUAGUACCGGGGGAUUUUUCUGACAAGGUCCGGGUGAUGGUGGCAGGUUUCAUACCCAAUGGAGAAGCUAUUAAAAAUAAAAAUAUUAAAAUAGGAGACUGGUUGAGGAGUAUCAACAACUGCGACGUGUCGGCGGAUAACCUGGAGCAGCUUCUUGGGGAAAUAACCACGCCGAUGAGUGUUAAGUUGCAGCUCCAGCGAGUUGCUGGUAUAGAAGUGACCGAAGAAGCUCCUUCGAGUGUACCAAGACAGUCUGCGCGAGUACGUCGUCUUGUUGACCGAGAGCGCAGUAAAAAGUUCAUGGACGCUCUGCUGGAUUAUUCAUUUGGAGUCAUUUAUUUACAGACCUCCGGACUCUCGGAAACGGGGCCCGAGAUGCAGGGUGUCUUGUAUACGUAUCCGCGCUCGGAAAAUAAAUCUCUGCACUCUAUUUUGUGUACAGCUCGCGGCGCCUUUGUUACACUAAACCAUCUGCUGCCUGAUACUUUCAGCUCCAGCCCCUCGAGCACGACGAUUUCAGUAGGAAGUGAGCAAAUUCAUGUGUUAUAUGUCGCGCGUGAUGAUGAACUCCUUUUGCUGGCGGUUCCUGAACGCUGGUACAGUCUCAAUGAGUCGCGAGAGCUGCUUGGAGAUAUCGUAAGGACUCUUGAAUUUUCUUACGCGACUUUGAAUAAAUGUUUUGCUGAUGAGUACAAUCAUUUGGAGCUGGAUCACAUGUUUUAUUUAGCAUUCACGCGGUUACUUGGCAUCGACAACGAUGAAGAGCCAGUUGACGAUGAAGUGUACCAGCUAAAGAGUGCGAUUGAGAGGCGAGAAAAGUGUGAGUUCGAGAGAAUAGUCGCUGCGGCGCAUCACGUCCAGCUGCCAGUGGAAGCGCAAUUUGAAAUCGACUGCGCUUUGAAUGAAAUGGAGGCUAUGGAUUACCGGGAAUGGAACGAAGAUCCUAUGGACUGCCAACCUCUUUACACGAUCCUCGGCACCUGCGUUUACCACAAAAGCUACCUGUUGACGUCCCACAUCAUGCACGUGGACUAUAUAGAAAUCCACUCGUUUCUGAGGAUGAGCGGACUUCUGGAUCUGAUAGAAAAGGAACCGGUCAAGAGCCUCGUGGUCUGGAGAUCCGUUUACCCUCGCUCGUGUCACCGCGGAAUCAUCACCGACCCCAAGACUCAGUUCUGCGUUCCUGACGGCAAAUGGUUCGUCCUCGUCGUCGGCUACGAAACAGAACUACUCGUCUCGCUGUUCGAAACUGGUGGUGACACAGCUCAGCCUAUCAUCGAAGACGGCCCAGAUAUUUUUUACGUCGAAGAGGCUCAAGAGACCCUCAGGCAUAUUCAGAAAGUUGGGGUUCCUACUUAUGCUUCCAAGUGGAUUUUAUCAAACGCCAGACCCGAGACUAUCGAUAUCAAAGACAAACUUAACGUUAAGACGCAUCUCAGUCUCGCCGAAAAUUUGCUGGGACUGAUCAAGUCCGCGGACACUCCUAGCACUCCAGCUAAAAGUACUUCCGGUACUAUUAAAAAAGUACCCGAGGUUACGUCGAUUCUGAAGAAAAGAAGUCCCGAGCAAAGUCCUGUCAUCACUGGAUCAAUGUAUUCCUUUCAAGCUUCUGAAGAAUCCUUGAGCCAGGGUGGUGCAGUAAGUGAAGUAAGUGAUGACGGAGCGCCAAUUUUAGGUAGACGUGCGUUAAGGGAAAAAAUUCUUGCUCAGUCUAGAGUAGAAUCCGACGAAAGUGACACGGAAAUAGAAAUGUAUCGUGAAUGCCAGCAACAACAAUGUCCGUUUGACUUUACGGACAUCAGAGAAAGUUUGCUGAGUCAAUCGGAUUUCAUCCCGCCGAUAAGAAUCACAAGUGGACCCAAAAACGUUCUGAUACAUUUUGUGCAGCUAGACCUGUUUGAAGGCGUGCUGAUGUCUCCGAAGACGAUCGAGCACCCGGAGAAAAACGCGGAGAUAAUCAGCACGUUCAAUGAGUGCGCUCACACGAUUCACAGGCUGCUGAGCAAUACAGUCCGAUUCAAAUCCAUGGCCAGCGAGGACUUGGCCAGUGUGCCGAUCAACAAAAAUCUCGUGGCCAUCAAAGAACACGGGAUUUUAUUCGACUAUGAGAGCGUCAGUUUCUGGGUGAUCGGGCGGCUGUUCGAGACGCCGUGUUUGAGGGAAUUUUAUGUUUGUUAUGAAGAUUCUGUUCCGCAGAAUCUCAUCGAAAUGGCUUUUAGAUUACAAGGCUCAUGGCAUUGAUUGCAAUUAAUAAUUUUUAAAUUCAUUCAUUCAUUUUAUUGACAAU